GCUAGUCGCGACUCGCGACUACGAUAUUUUACCUUGUUGCAUUUAAACCAAUAGUCAAUUUAAAUAAUUGUUCAAUGUGCUUGUAUUGAACUCAUCAGUAGACCACAGUCCGCUAAACUGUUGUACCUUAUUUACAAUUAUUAUUGUUGACUAGUGAUAAAUCUGUUACUAAUUAAUUUAUACGUUAACGUUUAUUUUACUUACAAUUAUGGCUGCUGUCCUGGACGAUGUCGGGAAAUCCAAAUCUGUAAAAAAAACCGAAGAAGUUGUCGAAGAUGAAAUCGAAGACAUUGAUGAUGUUACUGCAGCCAUCAAGAAGAAAAGAAAGCGUAGAAAGAAGAAAUCGCAGACAAGCGAUGAAACCGAAACCAACGGUAAAGACGAAGUGGACGAUGAAGUGACUGAUGGCGUAACCAAUAUAAAUAUGGAAGAAAGUACAAAUGUAGAAGGAGAAAAGAAAAAGUCAAAACGCCGUGGGAAAAAAAAGGAAAAUAAAGAAGAACCGGUGGCCGAUUCGAAAGAGAAAAAACAAACAAAUCCGCCAUCGGUACCUAUUCACGAGUUAUAUCCUACGAGUGAAUAUCCGGUUGGCCAAGAAGUCGAAUACGACGGUCGAAUGGGCAAACAGCGUAUCACGAGCGAAGAAAAACGAGCAAUCGAACGUUCGAGAUACGACGAUUACAACGAUGCCCGACGUGCGGCCGAAGCUCAUAGACAAGUACGCAAGCAUAUUCAGAGCUGGGUAAAGCCCGGUAUGACGAUGAUUGAAAUCUGUGAAGAACUGGAACGUUGUUCCAGAACUCUGAUAGGAGAAGACGGACUCAAAGCCGGCUUAGCGUUUCCCACUGGUUGUUCGAGGAACAACUGCGCCGCCCAUUAUACGCCAAACGCUGGCGAUCCGACGGUUUUAUUGUACGACGACGUGACCAAAAUCGAUUUUGGUACUCACGUGAAUGGUCGCAUCAUCGAUUGUGCGUUCACGUUGACUUUCAAUCCCAAGUACGAUAAACUCGUAGAAGCUGUUCGAGACGCCACCAAUACAGGCAUAAAAGCAGCCGGUAUUGAUGUGAAAUUAUGUGAAGUCGGCGAAGCCAUUCAGGAAGUAAUGGAAUCCUAUGAAGUAGAACUCGACGGCAAAACAUACCCUGUGAAAUCUAUAAGAAAUCUCAACGGUCAUUCAAUCGAUUCAUACAGAAUUCACGCCGGUAAAACCGUGCCGAUCGUUAAGGGCGGCGAAGCGACCAUGAUGGAAGAAAACGAAUUCUACGCCAUUGAAACGUUCGGUUCGACGGGACGCGGCAUAGUGCGUGACGAUAUGGAAACGUCGCAUUACAUGAAAAACUUUGAUGCGCCGUUCGUACCUUUGCGUUUGCAAGCGUCUCAAAAGCUACUCGGCGUAGUCAAUAAGAAUUUCGGUACGUUAGCGUUUUGUAAACGUUGGCUCGAUAGAGUGGGAGCCACCAAAUAUCAAAUGGCCUUGAAAGAUUUAUGCGAUAAAGGUAUUAUGGACGCUUAUCCGCCGUUGUGCGACAUUAAAGGCUGUUACACGGCCCAAUUCGAACAUACCAUCGUCCUGAGACCGACGUGCAAAGAAAUCAUCAGUAAAGGCGACGAUUACUAAUUUAAAAUGUAAAAUACGAGUGAUUAUAUAUAUAAUCACUAAAAACAACAUUAUGUUAUGAUUAAAAUUUCAGCUCUUUGUGGCCAAUAAAGUAAAUAAAAAACAAAUUCAGCAUUAUAAUAAAUGAAAAAGCCUAUACAAAAAAAAAAAAAAA